AUGCCAGGCGACUUGAACUUGAAAAAGUCUUGGAAUCCAGCGCUAGUAAAGAACCAAAAGAAAGUAUGGGAGAAAGAGCAAGAAGCCUUGAAAGAGCUCAAAGCGAUAAAGGAACGCUCCAAAGAGAUUGAGCGUGAGAGGGAGAAGGAAGAGAUGAUACGACUUCAGUACGGCGAUGACCUUGAUGCUAUACCACAAGAUAAAAAGAUUGAGCUAAGUAAGCUUGGUUGGAUGUAUCAAGCUAAGCCGAAUAAGGAAGCUGGCAAACUAAACGAGUCGGGAUUUCGUGAGGUCGAGGAAGACUUUCUACUGAAACAGACAGAUAUAGAGCAGUUGGUGAGGAGCAAUGUUGGAGCAAAGAAGCAAAGAAAUAAGGAGACUACUGCUUUAGAUCGAAUAAAUAGUAUUGGCAAGGCGCCAGUGUCGUCUCUGAGUCUAUCGGACGACCCACUACUAGCAAUAAGACAAGAGCAGAGAAGGCGCAAGCGCGAUCUAGGAGACAGGGUGGAGAAGUCAAAAGACAAUCACAAGCGUUCUCGCUCAAACAAAGGUUCCAGCUCUAGUCGGAAACAUCGUGAAGGCAACCGAAGUGGCUCUUCUGAGAACGGUUAUAAACACGCAGAACACGGUGAGAAGAAGAGAGUGGACAAGAUUGAUAGAAAGAUCGAUUCAAAAGAGCCCAUGAAAGUCAUUGACUAUUAA